CUGAAGCCGGCUUCCAACCCCUCACCUCACCAUAUCGUUAUCGAUGUCGCCGAGGUACACCGUCCCGAGAACAGAAAUUUGACCUCGAUCACAACUUCUUGCGAGCAGAAGAAGCCAGCAAGUGUAUGGAUACAAUGCCGCGCGACCAGAGCAAGCAGGGGCUUCUCCGCGACGCCAAGAGGCUGUCCGAAGAUGGCCCCGGCCACGAUUCCGACUCGGAUAUCGAAGCAACCGAUUAUCUCGACCACGAAGCCGCCGAGUCCCGCAAAGAGUCCCGUUCGUUCCACACCCCGAAUAAGGGCCGCCAAUGGUGGAUUAUACGUUUCCUGGGGAGGCGCAGCCGGUGUUGCAUCGGGUUGCUGGCUACAUUCAUUGUGCUCUGGAUUCUCCUCAGCGCGGGUGGCGCUGUCGUCUACAAGAAAUACCAGGAUGAGCCGCCCUAUGGCCAGUCGCCGCCGUGGUACCCGGCGCCAAAGGGCGGCAUCGCGAAGACCUGGGCGGCGAGCUACGACAAGGCGGCAAAGAUGGUGGACAAGAUGACGCUGGCGGAGAAGGUUAACGUCACGACCGGGACUGGAUGGCAGAUGGGGUUGGCAGUGGGCACCAACGGGCCGGCAGUGCACGUUGGGUUCCCCCAGUUGCAGCUGCAGGACGGGCCGUUGGGUAUCAGGUUCGCCGACAACAUCACCGCCUUUCCCGCCGGCAUCACGGUCGGCGCCACAUGGAACAAGCAGCUGAUGUAUGCUCGUGGCAAGGCUCACGCCAUUGAAGCGCGCCAGAAGGGUAUCAACGUCCUCCUUGGCCCCUGCGUCGGCCCUCUCGGCCGCAUGCCUGCCGGCGGGCGCAACUGGGAGGGGUUCGGGUCCGACCCGUACCUGCAGGGCGUGGCGGGCGCCGAGACCGUCAAGGGCAUCCAGAGCGAGGGCGUCAUGGCUACUAUCAAGCACUUCGUCGCCAACGAGCAAGAGCAUUUCCGCCAGCAGUGGGAGUGGGGUCUGCCACAUGCCCUUAGUUCCAACAUCGACGACCGCACGCUCCAUGAACUGUACGCGUGGCCCUUCGGCGAUGCCGUGAAGGCCGGUGUUGCAUCGGUCAUGUGCUCCUACAAUAUGGUCAACAACUCGUAUGCCUGUGGUAACAGCAAGCUACUCAAUGGAAUCCUAAAGGAUGAGAUGGGCUUCCAGGGAUUUGUCAUGAGCGACUGGCUUGCUCAGCGAUCCGGAGUGGCGACAGCGCUUGCGGGUUUGGACAUGACGAUGCCCGGCGAUGGCGCCAAGUGGGCGAACGGCGAAUCGUUCUGGGGCCCUGAACUAAGCAGGGCCAUUCUCAACAGCAGUGUCCCGGUUGACCGCUUGAACGACAUGGUUACCCGGAUUGUGGCCGCUUGGUAUCAACUCGGGCAAGACGACGAGACCAAGUUCCCGCGACAGCCGCCCAACUUCUCCUCGUGGACCGAUGAUCGCAUGGGCGUUCUGGCACCGGGGAGCUCUGAUCCGCAGGACCAGGUCGUUGUUAACCAGUUUGUGGAUGUCCAAGCAAACCAUUCCAUCAUUGCCCGUGAGGUGGCUGCCGAGGGCACAGUGCUGCUCAAAAACGAGGGGUUGUUACCGAUCAGCCGCGAGGGUCUCGACAAGCCAAAACUCGAAAUGAGGCGCGGGUUCAUCGAGAGAGCUACUGGGAAGAAACACACAGGCAAGUUCAGUAUUGGCGUGUUUGGCGACGAUGCCGGCCCUGGAAACGGACCCAACCACUGCAAGGACCGAGCUUGCAACCAAGGCACCCUGGCUUCGGGUUGGGGUUCGGGGGCCGUCGAGUUCCCCUACUUGGUUUCACCCAUCGAAGCUCUCCGCAGGGAGUUUGACACCUCCAAGGUCGAUCUCCACGAGUACCUAGUCGACAAACCAUCCCUCACGGGCAGCGACAAGGCCGCGAUCGACGAUCUGGAGCUGUGCAUUGUCUUCGUCAGCGCUGAUGCCGGCGAAGGCUUCGUCAAGUGGGAGGAUGUUAGCGGGGACCGGCCGCAUCUCAAUCUGCAGAAGGGUGGUGAUGACCUCAUUGUCAACGUGGCAUCCAAGUGCGGCGGCGGCUCCGGCGAUGUUAUUGUUGUGGUCCAUGCCGUUGGCCCAGUGCUGAUGGAGAAAUGGAUCGACUUGCCCAACGUCAAGGCUGUCCUCCUCGCCAACCUCCCUGGCCAAGAGUCCGGAAACGCGCUUGCCGAUAUCAUUUUUGGCGAUACCAACCCUUCGGGCCAUCUCCCUUUUACCAUCGGCAAGUCGCUGGACGAUUACGGUCCUGGCGCAAAGAUUCUUUACCUGCCAAAUGGUGUCAUUCCCCAGCAAGACUUCUCGGAAGGUCUGUACGUCGAUUAUCGGCACUUUGACAAGAAGGACAUCGCACCCCGGUUCGAGUUUGGUUUCGGCCUGAGCUACACCACGUUCAACUUUAGCAACCUCCGUGUCGCCCCGCAAAAGGAGAAAUCGGCGCUCCCAGAACGCCGCCCAACCCCCGCGGCGGAGCCUCCCAGCCUCUCGGCCGCCAUGCCGCCUAAGAGCGAGGCUGAGUUCCCUGCCAACUUCCGCGCCCUCAAGAAGUACAUCUACCCGUACCUCACGUCGACGGACGACAUCGAGGUCGGGCCCUACCCCUACCCCGACGGCUACGACACGGAACAACCGCCGAGCGGCGCAGGCGGUGACGAAGGCGGCAACCCAGACCUGUGGGCCAUCUACGUCAGCAUCACGGUGGACAUCAAGAACGAUGGCCCCGUCGCGGGCGCUGUCGUGCCGCAGCUGUAUUUGCAGUAUCCCGCCAAGGAGGGAGUGGACUUCCCCGUCCGGGUACUCAGGGGCUUUAACAAGUUCUAUCUGGGCCCCGGUGAGACGCACACGGCGCACUUUAGCCUCACGAGGAGGGAUCUGAGUUAUUGGGACGUGGUGGAGCAGAAUUGGGUCAUGGUUACGGAGGGAGAGUACAAGUUUGGCGUUGGGCUGAGCUCCAGGGACUUGCCCCUUACCGGCACGUGGUAAUGCUGCAGGGUGCGUUGUAAAUGUACAGCCGGGUUAUAGAGGCAUCGGUUUAGCUUGAAAGUAGCCUUAGAGGAUUGUCAUUCCGCUUUUUCUCCUUGCCCACCGCUCUGGUCAGGACUCGGUACAAGGUAAAGCUCAGCAUACACCCCUUUUGACGCCCGCCCCUUGCAUUGCCGCUCCCAACAAGGGUUAGGUGACUGGAGCUGCCAAGCCCGGCAACCUGUCCGAUCGACCUGAGACCCUGAAACCGAAAUGCCCCUCUCCUGAA